CUGUAGGAGAAAUUUUUACGCACACUGCGGCGCUGUUAUCACGUUUUUACUGUUAAGUUCUGUACUGCUGGACGAAACUGCCGUCCCUUUUUUGUGCAUGUGAGUAACUAUUGUUGCAUUUGGACUGUUGCUGUUGGAAAGAUACAAGAGUCACAAAUAUGAUGACAUCAUUGCUAUAGCUCCUCCCACCAAGGAACUUUCCACCAAUCACAGCCAGCCAUGAGGGACAGCCUAACUACCAGGCAGUGGGUGGCACUCGGAAUUACUGUCCCCGCCUCCUUAUUUCUCCUCUACCUACUCUUUAGGAAAAGGGAUGAAGAAGAGAAUUACCGGCCUUCCAGAGAUCUUGCCACGGGUCAGCAACUGACAAUAGAACUGAGGGUACCGUAUGACAAAGUAGGAGCUAUCAUUGGCCAACAAGGUGUCGUUAUUAAAAAGAUCCAAGACGAGACAUCUUGCCGAGUGAAAUUCCAUAAUGAGACGGGACUGGAAGAGAAAGAGGAUCGCUUCCUGGUUAUCCGAGGUAAGCCAGACAAUGCCCUGCAGGCCGAGCAGCAAGUACGUAAGAUCAUCGCCGAACCCAACGCCAUACAGACACUGGAGUUGAGGAUACCACAGUAUGCCAUUGGCAGGAUCAUUGGUCGCAAUGGGGACAACAUACGCAACAUUUGCCGUACCAGCAAGGCGAGGGUCCGCAUUGAGAGAGAUGAGGAGAGACGUGAUCCCAACGCGCUACGCCAGUGCCUCAUCAAGGGAACUGAAGAACAGAUCCGAUACGCUAAGAGUUUGAUAGAGGAGGACAUCGCCAACGAAGAGGAGCACCGACGGAAAUUGGACAAUGCUUCGGCCAAUCGGAAGCAACGGGGCUCCAAAGUGCCCAAAAAUAGCACCCCUCUGGAUCCCAGACCAGUUGUGGAUACAGUAGUCGUUGAAACAAAUACCAAAGAUGAUUCCAAUGCAAUAGAGCACACUAUGCAAAUGCCGACCCACGAGGAUUAUUUCAGCAUCUACGUCUCGGCAGUGGAGCACCUGGGCCACUUCUGGGUGCAAGUCCUGGGCUCCAAAUCUGGGGCCUUGGACCUGAUGAUACAGAACAUGACAGAGUACUACGCUGUCGACAGUAACCAACAGCUGUGUAAGCCAGAUACCCUGUGUACCGGGGACAUCAUAGCAGCACCGUUCCAGGGAGACGAGUCUUGGUACCGGGCCCGUAUCUUGGGAUUCUUGGAAGAUGGCCAAGUGGACCUGUACUACAUAGACUUUGGAGACAGCGACAAGAUGCCCAGGGAUGGUAUAUGCAGCUUGAGGAGCGAUUUUCUCAGUCUUCCAUAUCAAGCAGUUGAGUGCAGCUUAGCUGGUAUCCAGCCAGCCGAAUCAAGCUGGUCAGAAGAAGCAAUCGAUCUGUUUGAGGAUCUCACAUAUUGCGCUAAGUGGAAGCCUCUCAUGGCGCGGAUAGUAAGCUAUCAACAGACUAACUCAGGAACUCUACCAUGCAUAGAGCUCGUCGAUACGACAGGAACAAAGGAUGUGAAUAUUGGAAGCACAAUAGUGGAAAGAGGCUAUGCAAAGUUUUCAAAACUUGCCCUCUCAGACAUGCCAAAUCAGGCCCCCAAGACAGCCAAUGGAACGUCCCAUCUGCCAGAGGAAACAUUGACUGUUCCACCCGACUUGGGGGAGAUUGAUGGAGAAUAUGAGGGGGAGUUUACCUUAGAUGCUUCAAUAACUGGCUGAAGAUUGUAAAGUGCUCUCUGUUAUCCAAAUCUGCAUGCUGCUCUUUUGUCACAUUUGUAUUUUUACCAAAAAAAAUAUUUUUUUUUAAUCUUUGGGGCAAUUCCACAGGUACUUGCAUCACACUUUUGUUUUGCGUACUUUUACAUUCCGUGUGCUGUUGCCUUCCUACUUGUCAGACUAUCUAUUUCCUUUUUUUUUGAAUAAACAUACCCAAUAUUCAAGGCUUUCCCUGAUUACAACAAAAUAGUUGUAUGUUCCUCAUUUGAGCAUGGUAAUCUUUGGAAAUGUGGUUACUCGCAUUACAAAAAUAGGACAUGCCAAAAACUUGGCUUUCUUUUCAUUCAGUAGUUUACUUAUAGUGCCACUGCAAUAAGCAAAUGAGCAUUUGCAAGAUAUCUACCAUACCAAAGUAUAAAUGUGGAUAAUAAAAAAUGUAGACUAAAUUCAGGUAUAGAUGCUAGAAAAAAAGGCUUGUUACUCGCAUUUCGGUUACUCGCAUUAUAGUUCCUCGCAUUAUGGUUACUCAUAUUACAGUAUGUCUGUCCAUCAUUGGUACAAGUUAAAACGUUAAAAAAAAUAGUAAUCAAACCCCCCAAAAAGUCUUGUGUCAUAAAAUAUGAAUCUUCCUGUCUGCCUUAAAAACAAAACUCACAAUAACACUUCACUUUGCAUGUAAAAACAAGAUGCCAAAAUUAAUACAUGUACUAAAAAUCCAUAAUUUUAGCCAAAAAAAGGUUUUUGACCAAAAAAAACACACCACACUUAACCAUAUCCCAUCCCACUGGCACAUCACUCAAAUGAAAUAUCUUGUUCUCUUUAAUUUGAUACCACAUAUGAGGUUGUGAUGUUUGUAGUCCUUAAGAUUGCGAAAUUGUUCUACUUUUCAACCGCGUCUGCUUUUUGCAUGGAAUUAUCUUUUAUGAUUAUUUGAACAAGUCAACUUUGGUCGCGAAGCAUGUUUGUGUGACCAAUGCCCACAUUUCACCAUUUCUUGGUAACAGACCCUAACUUCUGUUUCUUAGGAACUUGGCAGAUAAGCAAAUAAGUAAAGGCCAGUUCAAACGAUUUCUGAGCAAAGUGAAUUCAGUGGUCAAUGUCAUGACAUUGGCUUCACUUUUGUUUUUGCGUGGCCUAUGACCUAUGACCCCCCCCCCCCCCCCCCCUUUACGCGGAAUGUCUAUUUUCUGAUCUUUUGAGUUUAAGGUUAAAGCUUUAGUGUAAAGUACAUCUUUUUUAUCCUAAAACAUUUUUUUUUAAUGAUCCGUAUGUUUUUGUAAAUACACCCAAAUAAGCCCAUCGUU